AUGGCGCUCUCUUCAGUAUCGGUGUUAGCAGCUAUUGCUGUAUCUCUACUUCUCUUCUACAAAGCCAUCAUAUACCCCGUCUUCCUCUCCCCAUUGUCCAAGAUCCCGAACGCACACUGGUCUGUUCCGAUAACGCCUGCUUGGAUUCUCUGGAAGCGAUUCAGAAGCCAGAAUAACCGGACCACUCAUGCAGCUCACAAAAGACUCGGUCCUAUUGUCAGACUGGCACCAGCAGAAAUCUCAAUCAACUGCGUCGACGGCGGAAUCAAGUCCGUCUAUACCGGCGCAUUUGAGAAACAUGAAUGGUAUCCGAGGGUGUUCGGGUCAUUUGGAACCAUCAGCAUGUUCACCAUGACCGGGAACAAAGAUCAUUCAUUCCGGAAGAGGAUGCUGUCGAACAUCUACAGCAAGUCGUUUCUGCAGUCAUCGCCGCAUAUGCGACUGAUCUCGGAGACCAUGUUGUUUGAAUGUUUCUUGCCUCUUAUCCACGAAGCGGCAGUCUCAAACACCCCGAUAGACAUGCACGAGACCGGCCAGGCUCUGAUUAUGGACUUUGUUUCCGCGUAUAUCUUUGGUCUGGCAAAUGGUACUAAUUUCCUCGAGCACGAGUCCUACCGGCGUAAGAUCCUCAGCCUGUAUUUCUCCAGGAAGCCCUAUGAAUUCUAUUACCAGGAGAUCCCGAACCUGGUAUCUUGGUUGCGUUCCUUUGGGGUCCGUUUGAUACCAAGGUGGUGCGAUGAGGCAAAUGAAAGGCUUGAUGCCUGGUGCUUAGAGCUGUGUGACAAGGCAGACCGGUCUGUCGGAUCCACCAAAUUGAAAGAAGAGCCGGUUGUCUUCAAGCGACUCAAGCAGAGCAUCACGAAGCAUCUACCGGAAGAAAAAUAUGAUUCAGAGUCUCAUGCAAACAGCGCCAAACAGCAACGCUUCGACAUAGCAGCCGAGCUAUAUGAUCAACUCACAGCUGGCUUUGAGACAAGCGCAGUGGCUCUGACAUAUCUCUUCUGGGAACUCAGCAAGAAACCUGAUCUGCAGAAGGAGCUCCGUGAAGAAUUCUUAACCUUAGAUCCUAACAUCACGUAUCCUCGACCUACCGCUUCCAGAGAGCUACCAUCGCCCAAGUCUAUCGACUCUUUGCCUCUCCUUGAGGCAAUCGUCACAGAGACACUGCGUAUUCAUGCACCGAUUCCAGGAAUUCAGCCUCGAGUGACCCCAUAUCCAUCCUGUACUCUAGCCGGAUAUGACAGUAUUCCUCCAAACACCCGAGUAAACGCCCAGGCAUAUUCGCUCCACCGCAACCCUGAGGUGUUCCCGGAGCCGGAGACGUGGGAACCCAAGAGGUGGCUUAAUGACGCUAAUUCUUCCGUUGAUUUGGAGGAAAGGAAACGGUGGUUCUGGGCUUUUGGGAGCGGCGGAAGGAUGUGUAUUGGGAGUAAUCUGGCUUUGCAGGAGAUAAAGCUGGCCGUUGCUGCCAUUUAUACCAAUUUUAGCACUGUCUUGAUUGAUGAUGAGAACAUUGAAGCGACUGACGCUUACACAGUGAAGCCAAAGGGGGAUAAAUUGAUCCUGCGCUUCAUGCCUCUCUAG